AUGCGCGCCACUUUCAUUGGCGGCUGGGUGUACAGCCUCUCGGACAACUUUGAUAGUGCUGUUUCUCACUUCACGGCUGCUGUUGAUGUCAUUCAGCUCAAGAUAAAGAACCUGCAGGCGCGUGUCACUGAGAAGAAUUCCUGGAGCAAGGAGCGCAGGGAUAAGGACUUGGCAGAGAGCAAGGAUGUGUUCUAUACAGAGGAGGGAGAGAUAGAAGACCUGCAGCAGCUCCUCCCAGACAUUCAGCUCAAGAUUGUGGACAUGAAGGAAAUGAAAGCUGCUUCAGUGGAGAAACUUCAACAGGCAGCCAAGGCCAUGCUGCUGGGCAAGGGUGAGGGACCCAGGUCAUCAGGGGCGGUGUUCUCCCAAGCAAGGGAAGGAGAGGCAAGUGGAAGUGCUGCCUCGUCAUCCAGGUCUUCUGACGCCAAACCUCUCAUUUGUCAAGUGAGACGCAAGCUGCUGAUUGGCUAUGAAAGUGGGCAACUGGUUCUGUGGGAUUUCAAGGCUUGCUGUGCUGAUGUCAGAUAUCAGGCCACUGAACCCCUAAGGUCAGUGUCUUGGCACCAUGAAGGAAAGCAGUUUAUGUGUUGUCAUACUGAUGGUUUGCUCACAACCUGGACUCUGAAGCAAGCCUCGGCCAGACCCACCUCCACUGUCUUCCCUCACGGGACAUCAGGGACCGCUCCGUGCUGAGUGUGUUCGAAGGGGAGGGCGUCAACGGCCAAGGGUCAGCGUGGGACAGCGGCGGUGACCAGUCUUACUUCAGCGAGCCAGAGUUCCAUUCAGAUUUUCAACAGCAACAUGUUCACAGCAAAACCAAG